AGUUGCGGUCACAGCUUAACGAACAACUGCGGGCUCUAGAUGGCAGAGUCGACACACAGACAGCCUUAGUGAAUGAACUACAGGACUGGUUUAGGCGCCGAGCUGAACUCCAUCAAGAUUAUGCGACUAAACUGGACAAGUUAGCGAAGAGUCUGCAAGCUAGACACAAGGAACAACGAAUUAAACGAGGCAGCUGCACCUGUUCAGUGUCUACAGCUGCUGGAACUAGAUUAGUGAACCAGACUGUUAAAGAUGCCAGGGACCAAUAUGCUAUGGCUGACGUCUAUCUCAAUAAUGUCAUUCCUAGAUUUACACAAGUGCAAGAUGAUACAGCGGGCAACAAGUACAUGGAUGCCAAACUCAAGGCACUCAAGGCCAGGAAUGAGUACAUCCUGUCAAUGGACUCGGCCAACGCUGCUAUCCACAAGAAUUCCGUUGAGGAUCUGUCGGAUAUUGUGGAUCAACCUCAUCACCACAUCAAGCCAUUACACGAUCGUAAGCCCUCGGCGAAGACACAGACCCACGCCUCCCCUCGCAAGGUACUGUCUACGGAUGUUGUUGAUGAAGAUGUGAUCUUCAGGUGUGGGUUGGUGGAAACAACAACUCAGGUAGCUAGAGAUGGAGAUCUACUGACUUUUACUGACGCCUCUGACAUCAACAGUGUACGAGUGCUGGACCUCUACAUGAGAACAGAGAACCUCUCUUCCACAUCUUCUAAACCA